AGAAGGCAACCUCAUAACGGCGAUUCGGUUUUAAAGUCCCCCAUCCAGCAGCCAGGACGCAGAAUUUCCAAACUGCAGGAUGGGGGUGGUAGUGCUCCCAAAGCGGCUUCUUCUGCUCUUGGGGGCCUUGGUACUGACCGAGACCUGGGCGAUCCUGCCCUUCCGCAUCACACCACCCCCUUUGCGUCUUUGGAGCUCCCUCCUCUCCUCCAGGUGUUGUCAACCUGGGACCUGGGUCUGGCGCCUGGAGGAAGGUGGACCGGGUCUCAGCCGCUCUCGCCUCCAGGCUCCCACUCCUUGAGGUAUAUGGAAACCCUCGAGUCCCGGCCGGGCCGCGGGGAGUCCCGCUUCAUCUCCGUGGGCUACGUGGACGACACCCAGUUCAUGCGCUUUGACAGCGACGCGAAGAAUCCCAGACAGGAGCCGCGGGCGCCGUGGAUGGGGCUGGAGGGUCCGGAGUAUUGGGAGCAAAACACACGGAUUUCCGAGAACUCUGCACAGAAUCACCGAAUGUGCUUGAACACCCUGCGCGGCUACUACAACCAGAGCGACAGCGGCUCUCACACACUCCAGAGGAUCUAUGGCUGCGAGGUGGGGACAGACGGGCGCCUCCUCCGAGGGUUCCUUCAGUACGCCUACGACGGCGCGGAUUACAUCACCCUGAAUGACGACCUGAGCUCCUGGACCGCUGCAGAUGCUGCGGCUCAGAUCACCCAGCAAAAGUGGGAGGCCACAGGUGCUGCAGAGCGCCGCAGGGCCUACCUGGAGGGCACCUGUGUGGAGUGGCUCCUCAGAUAUCUGGAGAACGGGAAGGACACUCUGCAGCGCUUAGACCCCCCAAAGACACAUGUGACUCACCACACUAGCUCUGAAGGAGACAUCACUCUGAGGUGCUGGGCAAUGGGCUUCUACCCGAAGGAGAUCACCCUAACUUGGCAGCGAGAUGGAGAGGACCAGACCCAGGAYAUGGAACUUGUGGAGACCAGGCCUACAGGGGAUGGAAACUUCCAGAAAUGGGCAGCUGUGGUGGUGCCUGCUGGAGAGGAGCAGAGAUACACAUGCCAUGUGCACCAUGAGGGGCUGCCUGAGCCCCUCACCCUGAGAUGGGAGCCACCCCUUCAGCCCACUAUCCCUAGCAUGGGAAUUGUUGCUGGCCUGGUCCUCCUUGGAGUUGCUGUCACUGGAGCUGUGGUCACUUUUUUCCUGUGGAAGAAGAAAAUCAUAGGAGAAAUAAAAAGAAUCUAUGUUCCAGCUGCCUGUAGUGACAGUGCCCAGAUCUCUGAAAUGCCUCUUACUGCUCAAAAAGUGUGAGCUGCCUUCUGUGGGACUGAUUUCUUCAGUUUAGUCUUGGCCCCUACUGCUCAAGAGGUCCCCACUUCUCUUUGUGUAGCUGGCAUCUAAUUGUGUCUAUGUGUCUGUGUUUCUAUCAUCAUAAUGUGAGGAAAUGGAAAGAAGAACCCAUCCCUAAGCACCAAGACCCCUCCCCACACAGUG